AUGAACCUCCCUAAAAUGACAGACUUCUGGAGACAACAGACUAUCUUUGAAGUGCUCUUCCCCGCUACGGUCAUGACACGGGACAGGUUCAAGAGCAUUUUGUCCCUUUUCCACAUAAGUGACCCUGAAGAAGAUGGCCAAAAUGACCUUGCCAGGGGAACUGAGAACUAUGACCUCCUUCACCGUGUCCAACCACUUCUUGAUAUGCUGCGGACCUGCUGCAUGGCUGUUUACCAUCCUCGACAGCACAUUUUGGUGGACGAACGGAUGGUAGCCACCAAAGCAAGGCUGUCCUUCAAGCAGUACAUGAGGGACAAGCCUACAAAAUGGGGCCUGAAAUUUUUUGUACUGGCAGACAAGAAUGGCUACACCGUCGACUACCAGCUGUACACGGGAAAGUCCAAAUCCCAAGGAUCAGUGAAUGGACUGUCAUUUGAUGUUGUUUCCUCCCUUGUCAACAAGGACUACUUGGGAAGGGGGUAUAUUGUCUAUUGUGACAAUUUUUACACCAGCCCACAACUAUUCCGCCACCUGGGUCAGCAAGGGUUUGGAGCCUGUGGAUCUUACAGGCAGGGGAGGAUCGGGGUUCCCACAACAACAGAGAACGCCCUGACAAAGAGAUCUCCACGAGGGUCCAUUCGCUGGUUGAGGGAUGGAGACCUUUUAUUUGUGAAGUGGAUGGACACAAGGGAGGUGUCUAUGUGUACAAAUGUCCACUUGGUGUACGCUGGAGAGACGGUGCUGCGGUGGAGGAAGAAGGCAGAUGGCACAUAUGAACGGGUGCCUAUCCCCAGGCCCACAGCAGUGGGCAAGUAUAACCGCUACAUGGGAGGAGUGGACACGUCUGACCAGCUGCUGGGCACUAACACGGUCCACAGAAAAACAAAGAGGCGGUACAUCACCAUUUUCCAACACAUGUUGGACAUUGCUGUUACCAACAGCUUUAUUAUUUUCAAAGAGAUGUCGACCAUCCGUGGCGAAAGACCCCCCACAAGGCAGGACUUCCAGGAGAUGCUCACAUCACAACUGUUAGGAGUUCCCCUAAAAACAAAGCCCAAAGUGCCCACAUCCAACCACCUCCCUGUCCCCACCAGUUCUGGACAAUCAAAAAGCCAAAAGGCCAGCAAGGGACGGCGUCAGUGCGUGCUCUGCAAACACUGCACUCCCUGGCAGUGUGAGGAGUGUAAGGUGGUGGGGCUUUGCAUGCAGCUGGACAGGAACUGUUUCAGGAUGUACCACACACACUGA